AUGCCGGCCCUCAACUCGUCCUCUUCAUUCUUGGGCCGACUAUCGGCUCGGUCAAGCUUUAUCUCAUCCAAAGAAGUCAAAGUCACCGUACAAUUGCUGAACGACGCCGAUACUGUCACCAACGAAUUCAAGUAUUGGGUGGAUCUGUCACGACCGAUAUCGCACAUCGUGAAACAGUUCAAAUCCGAUUCCCUUGCUCUUCGCUUGCGCUUCCGCUACUACCCAGCUGAGCCAUCACAUCUUGAGAGAAAAUGUCAGCAGUAUCGCGAAUUUUGUUUUGCCAAUCAUAUCGGCAGCAAGCCGUCGGCCGUUCGAAAACAUUGA